AUGUCGACUCUGUAUGAGAUUCUAGGUGUCGAAAUAGAUGCUACUCAGUUGGAGAUCAAGAAGGCCUAUAGAAAGGCUGCUCUACAACACCAUCCGGACAAAGUAGCCGAUGAAUCCUUGAGAGAGGAGAGUGAAGUAAGAUUCAAAGAGAUUGCAGCAGCCUAUGAAGUGUUGGGUGAUGAGGAAAAGAGAGCUAGGUAUGAUAAGUACGGUGAUGCAGAUGGUUCAGAUUUCUUCAAUGGACCGAACGAAUUCGAGGAUGCAGCUUUUAUGAACUUCUUCCACAGCUUUGGUUCUAAUCCUCAAAAUGCUUAUGAUCACUAUGGAGAACAGAAAGUUGAUCGGUCAGCAGACGUCCAAGUGCCCUUGAACGUCUCAAUGGCCGAUUGUUAUAAUGGUAAGAGCUUCAAAUUUCAGUCUAAGCGCACCCUUGUGUGUGAUCGAUGCCUGGGGUCCGGUUGGCGUAGAAGAAAUGACCAUGUAGUACCGCCUCCUCAGGUCGAAUGUAAAAAGUGCGGUGGCCAAGGUUUUAAGCAGCGGAUUAGACGAUUGGCUCCUGGAUUCGCUACUACAGAGAAUAUAACCUGCCCUACUUGUGAUGGGAAGGGCAAAUGUGCCUCGAAGCCUAAUAACGAUAAGAACAAAUGCAAAAAGUGUGUUGGCACAGGUGUAACCACAGAGUCCAAAUCACUGACAGUUUCCCUGCCAAGAGGAUCUCGUCAGGAUGAUCAGAUAGUGCUAAAGGGCGAGGCAGAUCAGGAGGUCGGUAAGUCACAAACCGGUAAUCUAGUCUUUACUAUAAAAGAGGGAACAGAGUGCCCUGAGGGUGUUGACCUCCAGAGACAUGGGUUUGAUCUUAUUACGCAUCUCACGCUUUCGCUUGCAGAGGCCAUAACUGGGUUUAGCAAGACUCUAACCAAGACUCUUGACGGCAGGAUUCUGCAGCUACAAAUCCCACCAGGAAAAGUUAUCAGACCAGGAAAUAUCAUACAGAUACCACAUGAAGGUUGGCCUAUAGAUACCACAACGUCUGGUGAUCUAUACGUGGUUGUACAUAUCGAGUUCCCUCCAGAUAAUUGGUUCAGCGAAAGAUCAGACCUAACGCAAGUGAAAAACGUACUACCUGGUGAAACAAACAACAACGCAGCUGUGGAAGACGAUCCAGGCAAUACAGAAACUGUAACUAAUAUCAAUAUUGUCGAAGAGAUACCAGAUCCAUCACAGGAUGACCGAUUCCGCUCUAGGGAUGAUGAUAAGGCUAAUGAUUUCCCAGGUUGCGCCCAGCAGUAA